AUGGGUUGCUCAUCUGGAAAAGACGUACAAGAUACUGCCUAUACUGGUCCAACCACCCUGGUCGGCUCUCACCUUAAGACUGCUGAGGAUGUAGUUGACUACCCACAUUUCCCAGACGGAACUAAAUCUCUCUUGAAGAAGCACUUGACCCCAGCCAUCUGGAAUGAGCUCAAGGACAAGUAGGACAAGCAUGGCUUCACAUUCAAACAAGCCAUCUUUUCAGGCUGCAAAAACACUGACUCUGGUAUUGGAGUCUAUGCCGGAUCCCACGAUUCCUAUGCUGCUUUCGCCCCACUCAUGGACAAAAUCAUCCUUGACUAUCACAAGCACGGCAAGAGUGCCAAGCAUGUCUCAGAUAUGGACGCUUCAAAGCUCAAGGCCCCACCCUUCGCACCAGAAGACGCCGCCAUGAUCGUCUCAACCAGAAUCAGAGUUGGAAGAAACUUGGCUGACUACCCACUUGGACCAGGUCUCUCUAAACAGCAAAGACUUGAUAUAAUGAACACUGUUGUUAAGGCUCUCGAGACUUUUGAAGGUGACCUCUAGGGUAAAUUCUACCCACUUUAGGGCAUGUCAAAGGAUGUUCAAAAUAAACUUAUCGAGGACCACUUCUUAUUCAAGUAAGUUUCUACACCACUCUAGACUGCGAGAGAGAGAUUUAAGGACUUGGAUAAAAUGCAGUACCUAAUGAACCUAUGUGUCGCAGUGCUUGAUAUAAUAAAGAUUCGCCGAGUCAAUGCACUCGGCUAAUCGCCAUUUAUAUAUAUUAUGACAAGGCGCAACAUCAGGGGAAUUAAAGUUUUGGAAGGAGACAGAUUCUUGGAAGCUUGCAACUUGAACAGAGAAUGGCCAGAGGGCAGAGGUAUCUUCCACAAUGAUGAGAAGACUUUCCUCGUCUGGGUUAACGAAGAGGAUCAACUUAGAAUCAUCUCUAUGCAACAAGGUGCUGAUCUCCACAAGGUCUUCGAGAGACUCCAAAGAGCUACCACUCACAUCGAGAAGGUCGCUAAGUUCGCUCACGACUCUCACUUAGGUUAUAUCACCUCAUGUCCAACUAACCUCGGUACCGCCUUGAGAGCCUCAGUCCAUAUCAGACUCCCCAAGCUCUCACAAAGAUGGGAUGAGUUCCAAAAGAUCGCUGAUGAAUUCUAUGUACAAAUCAGAGGUAUCCAUGGAGAACACUCCGAAUCAACAGAUGCUACCUACGAUAUCUCCAACAAGAGAAGACUAGGAAGAUCAGAGAAAGACCUCGUUCAAGACAUGUAUAACGGAGUCAAGAAGAUGAUCGAGAGAGAAAAGCAACUAUGA